AUGUCUCAACUUCGGGAAUUUAUCGACUAUGUUCGCCAGAGCUCGCCUUUCUAUGCCGAGCAGUGGCAGAAUGUGGUUUUGCCUCAAGAUGCUGACGAUGAUGAGCUUCUCGAGGCUUUGCCUAUUACCGACCACAAAGCUUACUGGGAGGCCAACACCUGCCAUGGCAGUCGUGUAUUGACAGCACCUCAGGGUGACGGAGUUAUCUUCAAGACUGGAGGCACCACUGGCAAUCCGAAAGUAUCCUUCUAUACACAGCAGGAACUGGACAAUCUCGGGCAUAUGCUGGCAACCUGUCUGGCCAGAUGUGGCGUAGGUCGCGGUGACAAGGUGGCGAACCUGUUCUACGCCGGCGACCUCUACGGCAGCUUCCUACUGCACAUCUUCUCGGUGCACUACCUACCCGGCGGUGCCAUUCAGGUCCCCAUUGCCGGCCACGUCGGCAUCUCAACCAUGGUCGAGCACAUCGUCGGGCUCGAGACCACCGUGUUGUUGACCACAGUGACCACCAUGAGCAAAAUCGCCGAUUACCUCCUGGAAACCGACGACCUUGGACGCCCGGUGCGCAAAGAGGUCGCCGAGGUCGCUGCUAAGCACGUCAGGCUGCUUCUCUUCUCUGGAGAGGCCCUCUACCCGGACCAAAUCGGCGUCCUGGGCGCAGCGUUCCCUGCCGCUAGGAUCCGGUCCCUCGUCUACGGGUCCAUGGACUCUGGGAUCGUCGGGCUGACGCCACCGCAGCUGCCAGACACCCCACCUGCAGAGCCUGCAAGUCCCUCUGAGGUUGAAGACAAGGAGAAACAACUACCUCUCAUGCUGCAGGACGACACAGAUCAACGAGUACACAAGCUCAACAGCGAGUGGGGAUUGAUUGUGCAAAUCAUCACCGACGACGGGCGCGCGACCAAGACUCCCGGAGAGGAGGGCAGCAUCGUGGUUACCAACACAGGCCGACGUCUGAUGCCGGCGGUCAGGUACCCUUCGGGCGACCGCGGGGCGUGGGUCGACCAUGGUCUGGGCCUGUUCAGGGUUCUGGGGCGAGAUCGGACGGCUGUCCGGGUUGGGCCUGUCUCGGUCGACUUUGUGCACCUCAGGGAUCUGGUGGCGGCGACCAUGGGAUCUGACAGGCCCAUAGCCGCGCUGCAGCUCAAAGUCAGCCGUCGCGACGCCAAAGACCUGCUGACGGUGCUAGUGGCGUAUCGACCCGGCAGCGCAGAGGAGGAAACGGAUCUGAAGCGGAGAAUAUGCGCCGCGCUGGACGAGGCCAGACCCAUGUUCAAGGGCCAUGUCGAUGCUGAUCUGAUUUGCCCCCUGGAGGUGAAAUUUGUCGAUGGUAGCGAGGUUGUCAUGACGGAGAGAUCUGGCAAGGUUAUUGAUGUAAUAGAUUCUCGGGCUACGGAUUGA